GUUAAUACGUAAAAAUGAAGAUUGAAUGAGCAGACAUUUCUGGAAUUGAGUUAAUUUCAAUAUGUCGAACGUACACAGUAGCAACAUGAGCAAGACAAUAAACAACAACACAGAGGUGAAGGAAAAAGACCUGGAGGGGAAGAGAGUGGUGACAUCAAAGGUGCCCUGGGGGAAAGUGAUCGCCAUGGUGCUAGCCCUGGGCGUGCUGAUCGCGGCCUGCACGGUCGCCUGGGUCUUCCAGGACUGGCAGACCAGUCUGCAGGUCUUCGCGAUUCUCUUCGUAAUAUACAUCAUAGCCUUCUACUGGAGAUGGAUAUGGGUGGCCAUACAGACAGCGCCGAGAGAUUUAUCAGCACUAUGGUGUUACAUCAAGAUCUUGAGGAUGUCGGGCAGUUUCACCAAGAAGAACUGGUCGAUGCCGGACAUAUUCCACGCCGUCGUCAAGAAGCAUCCCCACAAAGCCUGCUUCCUCUUCGAAAACGAGACGUGGACUUUCCAACAGGUAGAAGACUACAGUCUCCGCGUGUCGGCGGUGCUCAAAUCCCUGGGCAUCAAACGCGGCGACACCGUGGCGGUGAUGGCGAGCAACUAUCCGGAGAUGCCGGCCCUGUGGCUCGGCGUCACCCGCGUGGGCGGCAUCGCCCCGCUCAUCAACACCAACCAGACCGGCCUCACGCUGCUGCACUCCAUCAACAUCGCCAAGUGCGACGCCUUCAUCUACGGCAGCGAGUUCGACGCAGCGGUGAACGACAUAAAGAAGGACCUCAGUCCGUCCAUCCGGCUGCUUCGGUUCACUCGUCGUCCUCUCAACACCUCGCCCGAGGCCGUCAAGGUGGCAGAGACGCCUGACGACUUGACCCACAUGCUGGAAACCACGCCCCCUGCCUCCUGGUCUAUGUCAGAGGGCGAAGGCUUCAACGGCCGCCUGCUGUACAUAUACACGUCAGGGACUACUGGGUUACCCAAAGCAGCUGUUAUAUCCCCAUCUAGAAUGCUGUUCAUGUCAUCGGGAGUGCACUUCCUGGGCGGCCUGCGGUCGAGCGACGUGAUCUACUGUCCGAUGCCGCUGUACCACUCCGCCGGUGGUGUCAUCACCAUCGGCAUGGCCUUAAUCUUCGGUUGCACCAUCGCGCUCCGAACCAAGUUCUCCGCGUCUGCAUACUUCCGGGAUUGCAUCAAAUAUAAUGCUACCGCCGCGCACUACAUCGGCGAGAUGUGCCGGUACGUGCUGGCCACCCCGCCCUCGGCGACGGACAGACAGCACAAGGUCCGCACCGUCUACGGCAACGGAAUGAGACCAACCAUAUGGACUGAAUUCGUCAAUCGUUUUGGCAUCAAAAAGGUGGUUGAAUUUUAUGGAGCCACCGAAGGAAAUGCUAAUAUAGUUAACAUAAACAACAAGACAGGCGCGAUCGGGUUCGUGUCGCGCAUCAUUCCGCAGGUGUACCCCAUCGCCAUCAUCAAGGUGGACGAGGACACCGGCGAACCCAUCAGGGACGCCAGGGGACUGUGCCAGUUAGCGAAACCAAAUGAACCGGGAGUGUUCAUCGGUAAAAUCAAGCCGAACAACCCAUCCAGAGCAUUCCUCGGUUACGUCGACAAAGAUGCCUCAGAUAAGAAAAUUGUAAGAGACGUUUUGGAGCACGGCGAUUCGGCCUUUAUAUCAGGCGACAUCCUAGUGGCGGACGAGCUUGGCUACCUAUACUUCCGCGACCGCACCGGCGACACCUUCCGAUGGCGCGGGGAGAACGUCAGCACCACGGAGGUGGAGGCCGUCAUUUCCCGGGUCGCGGAUCAGAGGGAUGCUGUCGUUUAUGGAGUAGAGAUCCCCAACACGGAUGGACGCGCGGGCAUGUGUGGUAUCGUGGACGUUGACGGAACCCUGGACUUGGACAAGCUAGCCAAGGACAUGGCGAAGGACCUGCCUAAGUACUCCCGACCUGUGUUCAUCAGAGUCAUGAAGAGUAUGGACAUGACAGCUACUUUCAAGUUACGAAAAGUCGAUCUACAGAAAGAAGGAUGUAACCCAUCGGCGAGCAAGGACCAGUUGUUUUAUUUCGACGCAAAACUUAACAAAUACGUUAGCUUAGGACCAGAGGAGUACAACAAGAUAAUAUCAGGACAAAUAAGACUGUGAUUAGCUUAAGAGUGUAUUAUAGUUUAGCUGUUAUGCUAGUAUAUACACACUAUACGUACAAGGUAAUUUCCAGGUAAACUGGAUAGGGUUUACAGCCUCAGGUGUACUCGUCAGGCUAGCUAGCAGCUAGCUAUUGCAAGGUGGUACAGCACUCCCAAAUUAAUAAUGCGCAUGAAAGGAAAUUCUCGCUAACUGUCGUAAUCACCAAAACACACGAAUCUAUUGAAACGUAAGAGCCCCAAACAAUGCACUUGCAUUUUGCAUCUUGUUCA